AUGGGGGAUCUUGGCCACCCCGUCGAUAUCUCCGAUGUGCCUUUCGCACAACGACCCAUCGUCAUCUUGGGUGCCGGAAUUAUUGGAUGUGCUGCCGCAAGACAACUUCUUCUCAAUGGAUUCCCCGUAGUCUUGGUGGCGGAGUAUCUCCCCGGAGACCAGAGUAUCUUUUAUGCGUCUGCUUGGGCCGGAGCAGCAUGGCAUGCGGCUGGGGGCAUUAGCCCUGAAUAUCGGUACUUUCAAGCGAUCACCCAUCGCCAUCUGCUAAAGAUGGCGCAGGAAGACCCUGAGUCGGGGGUUUGUAUUGUGGACACACGCGAGUAUCUUGAAGACCCCCCAACCGAAAACUCUGCGAUAUGGGGGAAGACUGUCGUAUCGAAGUUUCGUGACCUAAAACACGGUGAAUAUCCUCCUAAUUUCUCCUGUGGGUGGGCAUACGAUACGCUCGUCACCGACCCCACGCGCCAUAUGCCUUACCUGGGAAAACAAAUCAAGACGCUCGGCGGUCAGUUCAUUCGGAAACGGGUCGAAUCUCUCCAGGAGCUGUACACAAUGUUUCCCGAAUCGAGCAUCUUCAUCAAUGCAAGUGGUAUAGGGAGCAAGACGUUGAGUGAUGUCCAGGACGAGAAGUGUUUUCCUGAACGAGGACAAAACGUGUUUUUGCGCACCGAUAAUUGCCAGACCAUGUACUUCCGGAACGGCAAGGAAUAUACUUAUGUCAUUCCCCGGCCAUUAUCGAAAGGUGUCGUACUGGGUGGAGUAAAGCAAAGCGAUAACUUGUCUCCCGAAGUGGAUAUGGACAUAGCCCGAGAUGAGAUUGCACGCGCCCAUCGUCUCGCUCCUGAGAUAGUUCCGGAAUAUCCCCCCGAAGAUGCGCUCGAUCACAUCAUUGGCAUCCGCCCGUCCAGGAAAGGCGGUUUCCGCCUUGAAUCCGAAAAAGUGGGAAGCCGCAUUGUCCUCUCCGCGUAUGGAUUCGGUGGGGGUGGAUACGCCUUUUCAUACGGUGUGGCCGAUGCUUUGGCAAAGAUGGUGGAAACGGCUGAGCGGGAGAAUGUGAUUCUGUAG